GCUGCUUUAAAUUUUGAAAUGGCGGAAAUAGAUGUUCAGAAUUCAUAAAUGAAGUUAUACGGGCCAUGCAAAAUAUCAAGAUAUUUUUAAUCAUAUUUAUGAACACCGAAAAACAGGUAUUCAAAUAAUUGUAUGAUAAAUAAAUUUAAUCAAGAAAAUAAAAUAACGUUUAAAAAUCUUGCUUCUCAACUUGCUUCCUAAAAACAAAAAAUUGUAUUUUUUUCGACUCGAAUUCACCUUCCAAAAUAAAAGCCAAGAUUUUAAGUUUAAAAACUUUGUUUCAAUGAAUUAGAGUCAUAAGAUCUCAUAAUUAUGAUGUCUAAACUGGUGAUUAGUGACAGUAUGUCAUUGAACCAGUCUGGGACAGUAAAAGGUCAAGCCGGGGCUAACAGACAGGUAACAGACAAUCAGAAACCUUUUCACAGUAAACGGUCGUCUGACAAAACCUCUGAAAGAGCAGACCUCUUAGCGUCGCGUGUCACAGAGGAAUUGAAGUCUGCUUCCUCCUGUGUCAUAACGUCAGGAGUGUCCGAUGCAAUGCUCGGUGGCAUCAAACUGAAUCAAGCUGUGUUAAAGAAUGGACGAGCCGUUUUAAAUCCACACUUGAAAACCGUUCAAGCCGAUGAGUCCAAUGUCGAAGCGCCAAAUGCUGUGAACCUCUCGACGCAGGAGUUACGGCGCGGCGCCAAAAAGAGGACUAAAGCCUGUAACGCUACGGCCAAGGCGAAGACAUCGAUUAGAGGGACCCCGAGGGUUCUCCGAAACAAAAGACGUAGCACCAAACCCCAACAGCAGGGAGUCAAGCCAGGCCAAAGCUGCACUAAAGAGGGUGAAAACAGAACCAAACAUGACGAGACCAUAAAGUCAAACAUUAUUGCGGGGGCUGCUCUCUGUUCUUCGGUUCAUCGAAUCGUACCAAGAAAAAACACACGGAGUACAGCUACAAUUAUCACUAAAAGAGAUUUCCCGCGGAAAUUAAAAAAACAAAAAACCCAAACGGAUAGAAUUUUCAGAGCAACAUUAAAGCCCAGUAGUGAAUAUUUUAAACACAGAAAUACUCAAAACUCAAAGUCAUUUACGACAAUGAGCGCCUUGAGAAAUCGCCCAUCCUGGAAUUCAUCUACUGCCACUUCCCCAUUUCACGUGAAUCAGCACACUUCAGCUGUUGUACUUGCUGCCAAUAAAACUAAUAAUUUCACAUGCCAGCGCUCAAAAUCUGAUCACAAUAAAAGAAAGACAAAUGGAGCAGUAGAAACCCACAACCCAGCUUCUUAUUCACCGGUGUCUUUUCUACACAGCAGCUCUAGUAAGUUAGACAGACCUGAAAGCAAGACGCGAAUAAGAGGAGGCAAUCUUACAGGCGUGAUUCGUACUCGUAUCAUUCGAAAAAUUAAAGCCUCCGGUUCCAUGAACUCUUCUGCUCAUAAAGCGACCAAAAGUGGAUCUAGGAAGUUAACGCUCAAUCCUUGCGACGAUGGAAACCUGAAACUAAAUCCAAUGUUGGCAGUGGAAUCAAAAGACCGGAGCAAUGGUGAUUCUCUCGAUACUAGAAAUUUCAGCUCUGAAAUGGUCAACUCAAAAUUUACAAACUCUACAAACGCAGCAUUGUCUUUAGCCUCCUGCCCAGAGCUCCGUGGAUCUUCGUCGAUCGCGGGGGCAGCAACGUCAGUGUCCGAUUGCAAAACAUAUGGCCGCAAAUUGUCGAGCAAGUAUAAUCUUGGACAGGAGAGUUCCAGAAACAGCCGCGUUCAUGUGACGCGCAUCAGACGAAGAUCGGUGCAGCAUCUUCCGAGAGAUUCCAACAACAAUGCCGACGCCGAGGAGGCAAGCAUGGAUGCGACGGAAGCUAAGAUGACGGAAUCCAAAGGAAACGAAAAAAGCAACGACGAUGACAAGUCUUCGUCGAGCGAAAGCUCAUCAACGCCACGGCAUUCCUCUGGAACAGUCUCGUCCACAUCCUUUGAGGGGGAAACAUCCGCUAGCACUUUACCAGACUCAAUGGCCAAGAAAAAAAUGUCCAUCCAAGAAGAGAAAAAAAAAGGUAAGAAAGUUCUGAAAAAGAAAGUUGCCAAGAAGAAAAUGUCUUUGUUGAAAGAAUACAAGGAUGUCCAGAAGAGCACUGCACCUCCAUGCCCAUUGUUUGCAGGCUGGGACUUUGAAUCAAAACUAGACACGCAUCAAAUGAAAACUCUUCCAUUGGAAUGUGAUUUGGUUGGACAGCUUAGCAAAAGAGCUAAAGCAAAAGUCUGGGAAGCCAUUGGUAAACCAAUAAACAUAACCAACUGGGUCCAGAAGGCGGAUGCGCCAACUAGCACACAUAUUGACUUAAUCGAUGAUCUGAAGGCGUACCUGGCCAAGAAUUCUAUUGAAGAGUUUGUGCAGCAGUUGACCCACUCAGUUCUGCUGGCUCCAAACGAAAGUGCGAUCGGUACUCUGAUCGAGCAAGGCCAGCUCUUUAAGCAGAGACUCAAAUACGACACCGACACCGACGCCUUCCUAAAGUACGUCUUUGAGAAGCUCGGGGACAAUCCCAUCGCUUUUCCCUCGGCCACCAAGAGCGAACAAAUAUUCUACGAGUCCAACUACGAGCCCUCGAUGGAGCGUCCAAUCGUCAAGCAACCGAUCGACAUAGUUAUCGGCAUACCAGGAGUCAUCCACGAUUCUAGGCUGAGUAGUGCCCGCUCGGAUGUCGAGAAGAUAAACUUGCCACAGCCAGAGCCUUCCCAUGAGUCUUCAAUGUAAACAUGCCAUCUUUCAAGACGACCAUCGCGUUAUUUAGAAGCAAAUCAAAACAUCCUAGAAAAAUAUAGACAGUUAUAGUCUAUAUAUAAAA